CGCACGUGGAUCGAAGCCUGCCGAGGGAGAGGAAAAAAGAGAACGAAGAAGAGGCCGGCCCAUGGUGGAGUGGGGUUCGGAUGGAUCGUAGUCAAGCAUCUUGCCAGCGUGGCACCGGUAGUGGCCCUCGAGGACUCCAUCCCCCAGGACUUCUUCAGGACUUCUUGAGGACUUCUUGAGGACUUCACUGCUCGAUCUACGAAAGGAACAUCAGUCAAGGAUCAGUAAAGGAUCGGUAUUCGCCUUCCAAAAGUGGAAUAUACCUCGUCUGUGAUUUUCUACGUUCCUCUUCCUUGGAUAACGCGGUGUCCUGGGAUCUACGACACGGUGAUGUUCUCCCAGCGCGUUUAGACCAACCUCCAAGAUGUAACCAUGAGUAAACGAGAUGCGACCGAAGGGAGUCCGUCCUCCAAGGAAACAGGAAACAGAACUGCAGAAAUGUCCGAGAAGAAGAUAAAGAAUCUGUACAAGAACAGGAAGAAGCUGGCGAGGAAUCAUUAACGUGCGUGGUGAUGGUGAACUCCUACUGAAAGUUAAAUAAAAAUGAGUGCAACGAACUGAAUUCUAUCGGUUUCCAAAGUAGCGAACACUCAGAUACGUUGCAAAUAUUACCCGAAUCGUUCUUCGGAGAUUCUUCGUUGAUCUCGUGAACGGGAGUUUUUUCUUGAGCUCUCCAAAGUGAUAACAAAGUGCCAUUAUUUUUAUUGUGGGGGAGGGUGGGAGGGGGGUGGAAAGUAGCGAUAAGAAUGAUCGUUUCAGCCAUCGAACGACGAAGACCGGAAUCACGUGGGAUGAUGCACAUGGUUUUCAGUCUAUGAAUGAAAAUAUCUGGCAGAUUUUCUGCAGAAGCCUUUAGAGGAAACCGGGCAGGUCUUCCAAGCCAUAAAGGGCGACCGGAGGGGCUGGACCACAUCUACGCGGAGAGGAGGUGAUCCGUCCGCGUAUUUCAUCGGGAGGCGGGGUGAACGGGGGUGUUUCUAAGGGAGGCUGCGACCAGAUAUUUCGCAGAGAUGGAGUUUCUGCAGAAUCAUCACGCGGUGAACACCUCCGAGCCGCCGUACACCCUCGGCACAGGUUCCGUGGGAAGCAUCGAGGCCGCUAUACCGUCUGGCCUCUGCGCUGGACCCCUCGGGGUGCUGUCCACCGAGGACACGUUAACGGACAAUCAAAACGAGGAGACUCUAGGUGCUCUGCAGGGCACCCUUCGGCUGCAGGACCUUCAGAACUCCCCGGAGGACAUCGGCGCCGAUCAGAGCCACCAGAUCCAGAAUUCGGGGCAGAAUCAGGUCGUUAGCGAAUUCGGGGCUAGCUUCUGGGUCGACGACAUGGCUGGCUUCCCGCUGCCGCCUCUGGAUCUCGAUCCUCUGCCACCUGGGCUCUUCAGUCCUUGCUCGGGAACAUACAACUGGGGUUGCUCCAGAGGAGAAUGCGCGCCAAGGGCAGGCAACGUGAACGGAGAAGGCGUGGCGGACGUCCUGCUGUCUCUGAAACACGCCGUGGUCCAUCCAGGAAGUCCUACAGGAGGAUAUUACACCACGGGAGGAUCGAGUCACCAUUAUUCGCAGGAUUAUACGCAAAAUCUCGGCCCACCAGUACCUCCGACCCACUACGCGACCACGCCGGCCAUGUCCGUGAACGUUUCCAUGAACAUGACGAUGAACAUGAACAUGCACUCCGGGUACGAGCAGAGCUAUUCGUCGGCAUGGGGCGUGGAACCCCUGUUAAGUCCCGCCCAGCAGUAUAAUCCCGUGGAGCAACAGACGAGGGUGAAUCAAUCCCCGGCCAAUAGCCUGAUCGGCACUACCACCCAUCCUCAUUCUCAUCCCCCGACGCACGGCCAUUCCAGGCUCCAAUUGUCCAGCGAACAUGCGCUCUGCAUAGGCGCCACCGGGAACCCGGUCGCGUCCGACGACAAUGGCAGACCGAACCUCUGCAGAAUCUGCGGCAAGUCGUACGCGCGACCCAGCACCCUCAAGACGCAUCUCAGAACCCAUUCCGGCGAGAAACCGUUUAGGUGUCACGCGUGCUCGAAGGCAUUCAGUCAAGCCGCCAAUUUGACCGCCCACGCGAGAACUCAUUCCGGGGAAAAACCGUUUCGAUGUCCCGUCUGCGACAGAAGAUUCUCACAGAGCAGCUCCGUUACGACACACAUGAGAACGCAUUCAGGGGAACGUCCGUACAGAUGCCGAUUCUGCAAGAAAGCGUUCUCGGACAGCUCAACGUUAACGAAGCAUCUUCGAAUUCAUUCCGGCGAGAAACCGUACCAGUGCAAGCUGUGUCUGCUGAGGUUCAGUCAGAGCGGCAAUCUCAACAGGCAUAUGAGAGUCCACGGCGGGUCUUUGACGUGACACAGCUCGAUAUCGAUUAUCGGCAACGAUCGCGUGCUGCCGCGAUGUUGUCGGAUACCUGUGAUUCAACUUGGCUCGAGCGUACCGGAGAGAAUGUAAAUUAAUUAAUGAUAAUAAAUUGCGACAGUCGAUGCUCGUAGGGUGCUGCCACGUAACCGUUUUCAAUUCACGCGAAAGCAUUUUUUUUUAUUAUUAUUAUUAUUAUUAUUGAUCAAAGGGGCUCGCGCGUUUGGAUAUACUUUUUGAAACGAUACAUAAGACAAGUAAUGAUCGCAUUAUGUGCUGUAUUUGGCAUUAGGAACUUAUCAAGAAUUCAUUGUACUCGUCUCCUUUGGUCGUGGACAACGAAACGACGACACACCGUUGAUCGAUAUAUUUUUUUCGAAACUUGCGUGGAAUUUGUGAAAUCUUCCCCGCGAUCGUUCGUCUGUAUAUGCUACGAAUUAUUACAAACAGGUCAGGAUAGGUGAACAGGGUAUCGCAGUUUUAUACCUACAGCAUCCACCACAGCACCGUUGAUUAUUGUACAAAUAUUGUAUUUAUUAUAAUUAUUAUUAAUUAUAAUAUUAAUGUUGCUGUUUUUACCACCUUCAAUUUUCAUCAUUGUGGCUUUUCUUUGUCAGUUUGCUUCUUUUUGUAAAAUGAAGGUGUUUUGGCGCCAUUUUGAUAAAAAAAAAAAAAAGAAACGUUUCUCUCUCUCUAUAUAUAUAUGAUAUAUAUAGAAUAUGCAUUAUAUUCUAUAUAUAUACAAUAUAUAAUAUAUAUAAUAUUCGUAUGAGAACAACUGAUUAAAAAACAGAUGAAUGAAUAUGUGAGUUUCUCUCUCUCUCUCUCUCUCGCUCGCUCGCUCGCACUCUGUAAUCCCACAGCAUCAGGAUCCACGUUUAUCUUUUUGUGGGAAGAGGGGGGUGAGGAAAAGGAGGCUUCAUGUUUCGCCGGCUAGUUGGUAAUUAAGUGGGUAGAUAUUGGUUCAUGAAAUCCUCGCAUUAAUUUGCCUCUUUUUCACAAUUAAAACUAUAUAAGAACAACUCUGUCUUCUUCGUUUAGAGUAGCGUCUUCUUCUUCACUCGUCAAAAAAUUCUCUCGCUCGCUCUCGUUCUCUCUUUAUAUAUAAUGAUGUAUUUAUAAGUAAUAAUAUUCUUGAAAAAAAAAAAGUAUGUAUAAUGUUUCUACGUUAUGUACUGGUACGACUGCGCAAAGACGAGCUGGCCCCCACCUCUAUAGAGUCCUCUAAAUAAGCAUGCAGCUUCCUGGACCAUCUCGUCGAUCGACAAACGUACCUCUAGUAUUUGUGUACGUAGCGUAUUCUAUUUAAAAAUGUAGAAUGUCAUCUCUGUCACGCUGUAUGUGUCUGUGAUGCUUUACGUUAUUUUUUUUUUUUUUUUUUUUUUUUAAAUGUUUUCGCACCUUUCGUUCACUCUUUCUUCUCUCACUCUCGCUCGCUCGCUCGCUCGCUCCUACAUCGCCUCGUAUUAUCGAUCAAGUGUUUGCUUGGUAAAUCUGAUCUCUACAUCAGUUGGAAUGGUUUUUCAUUCGCUUGAAAGCUUCGAAAGCAAAAAGCUCGUGUUAAGGUGCAUUAUCCCAGAGGCAUCGAUGAAUACCAAACGAUUCAGUCUCUAACGUUUUUUUUUCUUCCAUCUCAUCCGAACAAUUUUAAAUAACAACAAAACUCUUCAUUUUUCAUUUAUAUCUGGCAUAUCGACCACUGAGAAUAGAAAAUUAAUUGUCUAUACAUAUAUCACUUCUCGCAAUUUGUGUUCCUGCGAAAAACAUGGAUACACGGUGUACGCGCGCGCGCGUGUGUGUGUGUUUGUGUGUGUAAACGUGUUUUUUUUGUAUGUGUUCAGUUCAACGCUUCACGACCGUUCUCGCGUGCUCUCUCUUCCAUUCUCUCUCUCUCCUUAAUUUUGGAUUUACAUAAUUAAAAAAUCAAUGACUCGUCGUCCGUUACCGGUAAACCUGUAGUUAUAAAUUGAAAUCAUAAAAAAGAACCGAAUAGAUAUGUGUAUCUCUAAAAUAGAUCUUUCGCACACUUCAAUCCCAUUUCUUCUUUCUUUCUUUUUUUUUUUUUAUUUACUUAUUAUUAUCAUCAUCGUCGUCGUUGUCGUCGUCGUCGUCGUCGUCGUCGCAUUUAAUAAUUUUUUCUCAAAAAAUCUUCCAGUUUCUUUUCGUUUUUAAUGAUUUAUCUUUCGAUAAUAUAUUCAAGUGUUUCGUAACAUCGCAUUACUUUACUUAAUACAAUAAUUAAUCAUAUUAUAAUUAUCAAUUAAUAAAACUUGUUUCUGUUCGUUCUAUCGUUCGCUCGUGUACGCUUACUUUAUCUCGUUUUUCUUCCGUUCGCAAUCUCACUCACUUAAAAGACUGCUAAACCAUAGGUAUAUUACUUUUUUUUCUUUUCAUCGAAACAAUAAACAGAUUUCUUCUUCCCGGUCGGGAACACAAACGUACGAUGCUGUCCCGAGGGAGAAAGCCUUCGGAGAAGAACCCGCGAGAGGAAAUGAAGGGCUAAGCACCGCCGUCCGUGAACUGUGCGACAACUACGCUGGCUGGACGAAUAGCUAGCGUCCGUGCACGGCCGUCGGUAGUUUUUAUGGUGCGUCCACCAAUAGGAGACCUUUUCUAUAGUGUCACGUGGCCGAUCCAAGCAGCGCUAGCUUCGCCCUGUCCAUUUCCCCUCGGUGGCCAUCUCCUGAGAACAGCAUAGUACCCGUUACAAUUAUGUUUACCUAUUACAUUACAAAUCGAAACUUCGGAUGAAGAUGCUGCAUUCUUUACACGUUACGUUAAGGCAUUCAUGAAUGUAAUUCGAAAGGAAGUAGAAACAUCGACUCGUUGAAGCAACUUUGUUCCACUACACACUCGCGCAUGAAGAUUCGAUCGAUUAUCGACAUUUAAAAAUACGAUAAAGAAGGCAUUCAAUUUAUUUUUACUUUUUUUUUUUUACGAAGUUUUAUACUCGGUACUACCAACGACACUAAAUACCACGCUCGAGAAUGCCCCAACGGUUGCAUAUCUUUUGUCCACAAAUUGUUCGUUACCUCUGUUCACUUUAAACCACAGAUAGGGUACGGUACAACAUUUUUCUUUUCUUUUCUUAUCACGGUCUUAUCGUCUACGCAGCAUUUUCAUGAUCUCGAGUAAAACAUAAAAAUGUAUUAGCGAGCGGCUACAUUUGUUUUUAAUACGGUAUACCAAACAUCGGGAGUCACAACGUCCACGAAAGAAACAAUGUUCGUUAAAGUUAUCGGUGGUUGCCAAAUCGUAUAUGCUCUCGGGAGGUAUGGUUCUUUUCGAAACAAGAACUAAAAUAGCAUGCGCGAACCCAAAUACAGUAUGGCGAAGUAAUGCAUGACUCGCUAAAAGAAAAAAGAAAAAAAAAAGAAAAAUAA